AUGUUUUCACACAGUGGUACUCAAACUCCUGUUUCUGCUUCCUAUCAACAACAACUGCAACCUCACCAGCUACAAAAUAAGGUACAGUUUCAUGAACAAUUGGAUGAAACAAUAACCUGGAUCAAUGAUUGGUACUCACCAAACUUGAUCAAUAACAGUAAUGUAAAAGAGAUUAAUUAUAGCAAGAGUGGACAAUUUGUAUCAUAUAGUGUUGACACCAACAAAACCCAUCAAGGCCAAUCUAAUCGUGUAUCCGCAAUUAACAAUUUUGAAGAGGAAAGCUCGACUCCAGCAAUCAAUGACUCUGUCAGAUUAAAAGGUUGGCACAGGACAAAUUUGAAUCACAAACAGGGUGACAAUAACGAAAACUCCAAUAACUUAAAUCCAAACGAUGUAUUGGAUUUAACUAAAUGGAGGUAUUUUAAUGAAUUUAACCAAAAUGAAAAUAAUACAACCAUUGCUACAAAUACGGAUGUUGGUGUUACCUCCGCUGACAUCAAACAGGAGAGUCCAGCUUCUAAAGACUCUGCAGUUGAAAGGUUUGAAGGUACCAUCAAACUACAAUGA